AUGUGUGCCACAUUAUUUGUGCAGCCUCUUGAUCUAGUGAAAAAUAGGAUGCAGUUAUCUGGAACCACAGGAAAACGAGAGUACCGUUCAAGUGUACACGCUCUGACAUCGAUUAUUCGUAAUGAAGGUGUCAUGGCUGUUUACAACGGGCUCAGUGCUGGAUUGCUACGUCAAGCGACAGGAGAUUCCGCACCAUCUUUCGCUAUGAAGGUUUCAUUGGGAAUGGCUGCUGGAGCAGCUGGCUCAGUCGUUGGAAAUCCGGCGGAAUUAGCACUUAUCCGAAUGACAAGCGAUGGUCGUCUUCCUCCAGAACAACGACGAAAUUAUAAGAACGUGUUCGACGCACUUUUUCGGGUUGUGAAAGAGGAAGGUGCUUUAACCUUGUGGAGGGGUUGUGGACCAACAGUGAUGCGUGGUGUGGUUGUGAAUGCAUCGCAGUUGUCAACAUAUUCGCAGUCGAAGCAAGCGUUACUAGGGACGGGAUAUGUUAAAGAUGUCCUUGGUAUCCUACUAGAUAAUUUUAGGAUUCAAUCGAUGAAGGUGAUCGAUGGUAAGCCAGAGUACAAGAACGCUUUAGAUGUAUGGAUGAAGUAUCUCACUAAAUCAUUGAAGGUAAUAAGAAACGAGGGCGUUUUUGCUUUGUGGAAAGGAUUUACACCGUACUACAUGCGUAUUGGACCGCAUACCGUCAUUACUUUCAUCUUUCUCGAGCAAAUGAAUGCCGCCUAUUACAAACUGAUCUUGGGAGUCAAAGCAAAGUCCGGACUAUAG